AUGUCCGAGUCAUUCAUGUUGGCCGAGGUAGUCGCUAGCGUAUUCUACAUCUCCGCCCUCGUUACCAUCUUCGAAAUCGGACUCCAAUGUUUUAUGACCAUCUUCGGUCUCUUCCUUUACCUCCAAUCCACGACCGAGCAACGUCGCGGCCGACUCCCUUACAUCGUCGUCAGCUUUGCCAUCCUCUUCAUAUCCUCCUUCUCAGCGGGCCUAGACGCGCUCGUCACUUUCCGAUCUCUGUACACCUCUGCUGGCCCCCAGGACUACAUUAGAAUUAUCACGAUUCUGGAGAACGGCUGGCACAGGGUUGCAAGCACCUUCUGUGCUAAUGCAUAUGUGCUCAUUGGGGAUGCCGUCUUGCUCUACAGAUGCUACGUGAUCUGGAUGGACAAACGUUGGGUCAUGGCCGUCCCCACUCUCACCUACCUCUCCACAACUGCCGUCACAUUCAGCACAGCCGUUCUUUCGAUCAAACAAAGUACCCUCGGACCGAUGCCCGAAUCCGCAAUCCACACAUACCGCAACCUCACCACAGCUUUUAUUUUCCUCACCGUGGCACUCAACAUCAUCCUCACAUCUCUAAUCUCCUUCCGACUCCUCCGCGCUCAUAAACAAAUCGCGUCCGUCCUUCCAGAUCGCGACAUGAGUUACGUGUACAAAAACGUCAUCACGAUCCUGGUGGAAGCCGCCCUACCCUUGACGCUGACAGGACUGGGCUAUGCCCUGGUGGAAGUCGUCCGACUGGCCAUCUUUUGGAAGAACCGACCAGAGACGAUGGAGUUGGUGCGCGCCGCGUAUGCCUUCGCCAUCCUGUAUUAUGCUUUCGCGGCGCUCUCACCACAGAUGAUCAUUUUCAGAGUGACAACUGGUCGAUCAUGGAUGAGACACGAAGAAGCAAGGUCGGCAGCGCCAUCCGGACAUCCUUCUCAGCCCCUCAGAUUCAACCAUGCGCUCGCUGGGGACCCUACGUCCUUUGCUUCGAGCCUUGUCGCCGGCUCCAGAGGAAGCCACGCCAACGACGCGUCCGAGCCCAGUCUAGCGGGCAAACCAACAUAA